AUGUUAAGCAGAGCUGCUACAACCGCUUCGAUAUUUUCGCUACCAUCUGAAGAGACUACUACGAGACGAAAUAAACUUCAACCACCACCAUCAUCAUCUACAUCAAUACCACCACCUACACCAGUCUUGAACCCCAAAAAAGCAGCAAAACCACCUCCACCACCACCUGCGUCAACACCAACAGCUUGGUUAGAUCUAAAUUAUUUGCUUAACAAUUAA